GCAUUCGCGGCUGGAUUACGAGCACAGUUAUUCGGGCGUGUACGCGGACGCUCUUUGGCCAUGAUUUUAAACACGAAAAAAUCUAAUAAAAGUAUAAUUAAUGUAUUUAUUCGUCCCUGAGAAAUGUGAAUCUUCUAAAUUAUGUGAAAAUGAAGAACAUGUUGUGAAUUCAUUUGGUUUUAGUGUAAAAUCCGGCAUUCCAAGUAUCCACAGGUGUCAUUGUCAUUUGAAAACUUUUUCAAGAGUUUUAAAGUAUCGUGGUUAUAAUAAAUAACGAGUUAAGUGGUGUAUACUUGGGUUUUAUAUCAUGAAUUGUGAGUUUAAAGUAUUGUGAACAGUUUUUAAGUGAAGUUUUGAACAUGGUAAAGGGUUUCCAAAGAAUGUAUAACAUGGGAGUCCAGGAACGGAAGUCCCACAUUAGAUUUUUUUACUGGUGUUUCUUCGUUUUUAUACUGCCAUUAACAAUAGCAGAAAAUCAACUACAAGCACCUCGUUUCACAACUUCCUCUUCAAGUAGCAGUAUCAUUAGAUUAGGAACAACGAAAAUUGUGCAAUGUCAGGCAUUUGGUAAUCCGGCACCGCAAUUUAGAUGGAUGAAAGAUGGUACUUUUAUAACAGAACUAUCGACUGAUCCAUUUUACAAGAUAUUUUCUGCGAAAUUGGAAGAUGGUGGUAGUUAUAGGUGUAUAGCAGCUAAUAAAAUUGGUUCAAUUCUUAGCGAAGAAAUUAAAAUUGUGGUUGCGUAUAUGGGUGUUUUUAAAGACCAGAAGGAAAGAUUUAUAAGUGUUAAAGAAGGAGAUGCCGCGAUUCUAGACAUACCGGAAAUUGAAUCGACUCCACAACCAGAUGUAAUAUGGCAGACUGAUGAGGAGAAUACACCGUAUGGACAAAAAUAUGCUUAUUCUACCAAUCAACAAUUGGUAAUAUUAUCUACAGAGCUAUCGGAUCAAAAAGCCUAUAGGGCGCGUGCAAUAAACUCCCAGGAAGGCAAAGAAGAAAACAGUGCAUAUAUAAAAUUGACAGUUGAAGAGACUCACGACAACAAAGAAAUAGCUCCUGAAAUUAUCAUUGGCCCCAAAGAUAUACGUAUAAUCAAAGGAACCUCUCAAACUUCUAUCGAUUGCAUCGCGAACGCCAGACCUCUUUAUGAAUUAGAAACACUUUGGUUUAAAGAUGGAAUACCUAUAGAGAGCACUGGAAUUCAAUAUUCUUUUAAUGACAUCUGGAAUCGAACAUUGAUAUUAACUUCAGUUAAUACAACUUACUCGGGGUCAUACGAAUGUCAGGUUAAUUUAAAAUCAGGAGGAUUUCCUACGGUAGCAGCCUCUGCAAACGUCGAGGUAUUGGAAAAACCUAGGUUUUUAUCUUCUGCUAAACCGGAAACGUUGGGUGAAUAUUCGGCAUCGCUUAGUUUGCCUUGUGACGUUUUGGGUAUACCUAAACCAAAUAUUACAUGGUAUAAGAAUUCCGAAGAGUUGGAUCUUAGUGAUAAAAGAUAUGAAGUGCAAGAAGACAAUUCUUUAUUAAUUAAAAAAUUGUUGAUUAAUGAUAACGGAAUGUAUCAGUGUUUCGCACGGAAUGAAGCUGGUGAAAGCUCUUUAUCAAGUUGGCUCAAAGUUAAAAAACUAAGGAAAAUACGGAGUUUAGCGGCUAAAAUAGUGAGAUUAAGGAGUUCCGGGGAACGCCAUAGCAAAAAGACUUUUCGUUAUAUCGCCCCAUCUUCUCAACCUAUAAUGGAAUUUGGACCUACGAAUAUAACUGUUCUCGAUGGUAAGGACGCAACUCUCACGUGUAGAGCUGUUGGAGCUCCCAUUCCAAACACUACGUGGGUACACAAUGGUGAAAAGGAAGUGGCUACGUCUAGUAGAGUACAGAUUUUAGAUACUGGAGAUUUACUGAUAGCAGCUGUUAAAGAAACAGAUGCUGGCCAGUACACGUGUAUCAGAUCCAACGAAGCUGGCAAAGUUAGGGGAUCAGCUUAUUUACAAGUUUUGGUUCGAACUCAAAUUGUUCAGCCUCCAGUGGAUACCAGAGUUCUGUUGGGCCAAACAGCUACUUUACAAUGCAAAAUUUCUUCAGAUCCAACAGUUCCAUAUCAGUUAGACUGGUUUCGCGAUAAACAGUUAAUAAAUCCCCAUGGGUCUCAACGAAUUCGCAUUUUGAGUGACGGAACCUUAGAAAUAGAGGCUGUCAGAGCAUCUGACGUGGGUUUCUACACUUGCUCAGUACAAUCACCUGGUGGUAAUGAAACCCGAUCAGCGAAAUUAUCAGUAAUAGAAUUGCCAUUCUCUCCUUCAAACGUUAAAGCAGAACGUUUAGAUAAAGGAACGCAGAGGGCAGUAAAUAUAAGCUGGACACCUGGCUUUGACGGAAACAGUCCUAUUAAAAAAUAUAUUAUACAAAAAAGAGAAAUACCUGAGCUUGUUCCCCCCAUUGCAGGUCCCAUUCCAGAUCCUUUACUAAAUUGGGUUACAGAGCUAAGUAAUGUAUCUGCAGCUCAAAAAUGGGUGCUACUGACGAAUUUAAAGGCAGCUGCGGUAUACCAAUUUAGAGUCAGUGCUGUGAACAGCGUUGGAGAAGGACCACCGUCUGAUCCUAGUAACCAAGUCAUGUUACCGCAAGAAGCGCCUUCCGGUCCUCCAGUUGGUUUCGUUGGAUCAGCAAGAAGCUCUUCGGAAAUAAUAACGCAGUGGCAACCACCUUUAGAAGAACAUCGAAAUGGUCAAAUUUUGGGAUAUAUAAUCCGUUACAGACUUUACGGAUAUAAGGAAAGUCCAUGGACGAUUAGAAAUAUAACUAACGAGGCCCAAAGAAACUACCUUAUCACCGAUUUAAUAACUUGGAAAGAUUACGUUGUCCAAAUAGCAGCUUAUAACAAUAAAGGCGUUGGGGUUUUUACAGAUGGUGCCAAAAUUAAAACCAAAGAAGGUGUCCCAGAAGCUCCCCCUAUUAUCAAAAAAGUCAAAGCUUUGAAUUCCACGUCGAUUCAGAUAUGGUGGACACCGCCAGAUCCACAAAAGAUUAACGGAAUUAACCAAGGUUAUAAAAUUCAAGCUUGGCAAUGGCAUCCUACUAGAGGUAACAUCGAAACUAACAUGAUGACUGUUCACCCCAAUCUACUCGAUCCCUAUGCCGAACAAAAAGCUAUCAUGACUCAUCUCAAUAAAUUCAAAGCAUACAAUAUCACAGUUGUAUGCUUUACUGAUCCCGGAGACGGACAGAUGAGUGAUCUUUAUUAUGUUAAGACAAAAGAAGAUGUUCCUGAUGAAGUGUCCAAUCUUCAGUUUGACGAAAUAAGCGACAGGGCUGUUAAAGUACUUUGGCAACCUCCUAAAAAUAUCAAUGGGAUUUUAAAAGGUUACCAAUUAACUUAUCAAAUCAAAGACGAACCUAGUACCAUCCGAGUGAAAAACUUAACAGCAGACACUUUAAGCAUAAAAGUGAAUGAUUUGCAAGCCACGACACAUUAUCGUUUCGAAGUAUCAGCCUGGACAGCUGUCGGACCGAGUCCCUCUAAGGUCGCUAUAAUUCAAUCAGGAGUUGAACCGGUGUUACCGCAUCCUCCAUCUAAAUUAGCACUGUCAAACAUAGAAGCUUUUUCUGUUGUCUUACAAUUUACACCGGGCUUUGAUGGAAAUUCAUCUAUUACUAAAUGGACCGUUGAGGCUCAGACGUCUAGAAAUACGACUUGGUUUACAGUUUAUGAAAUAUCAGAUCCUGAUGCUACCACUAUUACUGUUACUGGCUUAGUGCCGUUUACAGUCUACAAAUUGAGGUUAAUUGCCAAUAAUGUUGUUGGAGCUUCUGUGCCGAGUGAGGCUACUAAAGAAUUUCAGACAAUUCAAGCUCCACCUGCUUUUCCACCAAAGAACGUUACUGUUAGAGCAAUGAGUGCAACAGAGCUCAGAGUCAGGUGGAUUCCUUUACAACAAACCGAAUGGUUCGGAAAUCCUAGAGGCUACAACAUAACUUAUACUGAAAUUCGCACUGGUUUCGCACACAGUUCCACUAUUGAAGAUCAUACUGCUAAUUCGCAUAUUAUUAUUGGAUUGGAGGAAUUUGCGUUGUAUGAAGUAAAAAUGCAAGCUUGCAAUGAUGUAGGAUGUUCACCAACAGGUCCUACUGCUCUUGAAAGAACAAGAGAAUCAGUGCCAUCUUUUGGGCCGAUGAAUGUGGAAGCUAACGCAACUUCUUCAACCACCAUAGUAGUAAAAUGGGGUGAUGUUCCAAAAGAACAUCAAAAUGGAUUAAUAGAAGGCUUCAAAGUAUUCUAUGCAGCUGAAAAUAAAUCACCAGUUCAAUAUAAACAAAUUCCUAAUAAUUCUACAUUCACAACUACUCUUACUGAAUUAAAGAAAUUUGUGAUGUAUCAUAUUCAAGUUAGAGCUUAUACAAGACUCGGCGAUGGUGAACCCAGUAAACCAGCUGUUAGAAUUAGAACAUUCGAAGACGUACCUGGUGCUCCAUCAAAUGUAUCAUUCCCCGAUGUAUCUGUUAGCUCAGCGCGAAUUAUUUGGGAUGUACCAGAAGAACCUAAUGGCGAAAUUUUAGCGUACAAAGUAACAUACCAUUUGGAUAGUGUAAAAACAAAUAAUAAGUUUUCAAAAGAGUUUCCACCAUCGGGAAGAACAUUCAGAUUUACUCAAUUAGAACCGGAAAAAUAUUAUUUAUUUUCGGUGACAGCUCAAACGAGAUUAGGAUGGGGGAAAACGGCUCAUGCAUUAGUUUAUACAACUAACAAUAGAGAUAUUCCUCAGCCACCAUCCAUGCCACAAAUCAGUAAAAGUCAAAUUCAAAGCCAUCAUAUCACUUUCAGUUGGACACCAGGUAGAGAUGGUUUUGCACCUUUACGCUACUACACUGUACAGAAGAUGGAAAAUUCUGGUCCCUGGCAAUCUUUACCGGAAAGGGUCGAUCCCCAAUUCAAUUCUUAUACAGUUUCUGAUUUAAAACCAUUUACGUUAUAUAGAUUCCGUAUACAAGCGACAAAUGAUAUAGGUCCAAGCCAGUUCAGUCCAGAAUCAAUUGAGGUUAGGACAUAUUCGGCUGCUCCUAGCAAAGGCGUAAAUGGUUUGAAAGUAAUUCCAAUAACCACAACUAGUGUGGAGGUAUCUUGGGAACCUAUAGAAGAACAAUACUGGAGUGGUGACAGCAAAACUGGGGGUUAUAGAGUAGUAUUUCAACCAGUUUCUGACUUUCCCACUGCUCUUCAAGCAACGCCUAAAGAAGAAGUAAUGGGAAUUAAUGCGAAUAAAAUGGUUUUAAGUGAAUUAUUGCAAGACAGAAACUAUGAAAUAGUAGUUAUACCAUUUAAUGCACAAGGUGAAGGUCCAGUGAGUCCUCCUUGCACGGUAUAUGUGGGAGAAGCAGUACCAACUGGGGAACCCAGGGGGCUACAAGGGGAACCAGUUUCUUCUACAGAAGUCAGAUUAAGAUGGAAAGCGCCGCAACAACAUAUGCAAAAUGGAGAAUUAUUGGGUUAUAAGAUAUUUUACAUUGUUCUCAACUCUCCACAAGAACUAGACGAAGGGAAAAAAUUAGAAGAAGAAAUUGAAGUAGUUCCAGCAUCAACCACUACGCACAGUUUAGUUUUCCUCGAUAAAUAUACCGAAUAUAAAAUUCAAGUAUUAGCCUUCAAUCCAGCUGGUGACGGACCCAGAACACAACCAAUAAGGGUGAAAACUCUUCAAGAUUUACCAAGUGCUCCCACUAAUUUAACAUUUUCUGAAAUAACUAUGAAUAGCUUAAUUGUUUCCUGGAGUCCACCGAGAAAACGAAAUGGGGAUAUUGUUAGCUACAUUGUCACAUAUGAAACUGCAGAAGAAAACGAACGUUACAGUAAACAAGUAAAACAAAAAGUUACCACAACGUAUCUACAAGUUCAAAGUUUGGAAGAAGAAGUUACGUAUACGUUCAAAGUGAAGGCGCAAACAAUCGAUUAUGGUCCUCCUGUUGCGAGUAACGUCACAACAGGACCACAAGAAGGAUCGCCUAGCACACCAAAGGAACUGAGUUUGGUGAAAACUUUAUCAAGUAUCGAAAUGAGAUGGUUCAACGGACCCACUGGGAAAGGUCCCAUACUAGGAUAUUAUAUAGAAUCCAGAAAAAAAGAUGACAUGAGGUGGCAAACUGUUACUAAAACUACAAACGGACCUCUUCAAGAGUUUACGGUACUAUAUCAGAGCCUUUUGCCAUCAACUUCUUACAAAUUCAGAGUAAUUCCCUAUAAUAAAUUUGGAAUAAGUUAUCCUGCAUAUUCAGAUGAAUCCGUCUUAACACCAUCAAAAUUGUAUAUGGAAUACGGAUAUUUGCAGCAUACUCCAUUUUACAGACAGACUUGGUUCAUGGUCUCUUUGGCAGCUACUUCUAUUAUCAUUAUUAUCAUGAUAAUAGCUAUUUUAUGUGUAAAAAGCAAAAGUUACAAAUAUAAACAAGAAGCUCAGAAAACUCUUGAAGAAUCCAUGGCUAUGUCAAUCGGCGAUCAUCAGGAACUUGCAAUGGACUAUUACCGUUCCCGUAACGGUAAUGCCAGUAACAACAGUCUUUCAAAUCUCAACAAAAAAGGUACAUUAUCACGUAAACCCCUCCAACAUCAGCCUCCGCCUGUAGUUGGUAAAUCUCCCCCUAGACCCUCCCCUGCAUCUGUACCAUAUAAUUCGGAUGAAGAAAGUUUGAAAGGCUACGACGAAAAUCCUGAUGACAGUAGUGUCACUGAGAAACCUUCCGAGAUGAGUUCUUCAGAUUCUCAGGGCUCAGAGAGUGAGAAUGAAAGCAUUCGUUCCGAUCCCCAUUCUUUCGUCAAUCACUAUGCAAACGUCAACGAUACAUUACGACAAUCAUGGAAACGUCAAAAACCUGUACGGAAUUAUUCCAGUUACACCGAUUCAGAACCCGAAGGAAGUGCUGUAGUCAGCCUCAACGGAGGUCAAAUUAUCAUGAAUAAUAUGGCCAGAUCAAGAGCGCCUCUACCAGGUUUUUCAUCGUUUGUGUAAUAAAAUUAUUGAAAGCGUGUCAUAAUAUUUCGGUAGCUGAAAAUUUGAUAAUAUUUUGAAUUGAAAUGUGAGAAAUGGUGGCAUGUUUACAACAAAAUUUUCUUUCUUUUUUUUUCUAUGGUGUAGCAAUAACUUUUAUCCGAUACAAGUAUGUUGCCCCAAUGUACUUACGAAUGUUUUUAUAUGUUUUCAUUCAGUUUCCAUAAAUGAAUUCAAAGAUAUUUGUAUACAAAUGUUACCAAAUUUGUAUAAAAUCAAAAAAUACAGUCCUAAUGUUUUAUUAACUAAACUACGGUGUGCAAACUAUGUACAUAUUAAUUAGUUCCAUGCAAAUACUCUACUAUGACGAAUCUCUAUGAUUAUUCUAAUCACUUUCUUUCCUCCUGGCCUCAUCGUUUUUUAUAAAUUCCCACCUUGGUUUUCCUCGCUACUAACUCAUCUUUAAGGAAAGCUUGGAUUGUUAUCAACACCCAGCUCAGAAAAACCCGACUGGGAUUUUUUGAGCUGGGUUUAUUCCACUGUUAAAAGUGGGUUUUUGCUAAAAAUUAUUUCUGAAUCUGUAAAUUCCAUCUAUAAUAUAUAGAAAUACUAUCUUACCUUUUCAGACGAAAACCUUGAUGGUUUCUUUUAUUAGAAUUAAAUAAACAAUAGUCAUAUAUGAGGUACUCAGGUGAUAGUUUAUUUAAGAAUAUUGGAGGCGCUUAGAAUCAAAAUCCGCCAAGUCUAUCUCAAGAAAUUUUCGGAAAAGUUGAAAAAACUGACCAAUCAUAAGAAAUUAUUAAUUUUCUUACCAAAAAAUCAAUAAUUUUUACUUUAUAACAGAGACAAUGUAUGAUCGCGAUCCCUAAAAUAGUUUCAUAAAUAACAGGUAUCCGCCGGGAAGGUAUACUACUUUGUUUGUUUAUAAUUUUUGAUUAUACGAGGAUGGAUCUUAAAUAGGUAAAUGUUUUAUUUAAUGUCAUCAAUGGAAUUCAAUAUCAGAUAAAUGUCCGCCUCUGUUAGCCUCACAAAUGCGAGCCCUUUUGAGCACAAUAGUAUUUUUAUGAUAAAGGCAGAAUCAAGCUUUUUUUUUAAAUAAUUAAUAAAAAUAUUAUUAAUCAUAUUUUAGUUCUUCAUCCCCACUAAAACUACUCUCUAGAAAAUUGGAAUAUUAUUAUUCCUGAUAAUAAUGUCAAACGCAUUUCUUAUAUCUAGUAUAUAUCCAUUUGUCUCUUAGCUUUCUUGCAUCUCGGGAUGUGUUUCCAUGUUUCUCACAUAGUCAGGUCUACUGUCAACGUGAUCUUAUUGUCAGGUCUCUCGGUUUUUCGAUGUGUCCAUUUCACCAGUAGGGGAGUUAAUUUCGUCUGUUUCUUAUAGCUUUUGAGCUAUCCGUAACUGCUUUUUUAAAUUCUUCUCAGAAGUCUUUAAUUCUUUUGUGUUUUUUUUAUCUAGUGAGAUUCAAUUUUUUUGCAUAUGCUGUUUCAUCGAAUUUAUUAAAGUAGAUAUUAAUUUUGUCUGAUUCUUAUAGCUUUUUAGCUAAAUGUAACUGCGUUUUGAACUUCUUCGCAGAAGUCUUUAAUUCCUGUGUGUUUUUUAUCUAGUGGGAUUCAAUUUUUUUUGCAUAUGCUGUUUCAUCGAAUAUAUUAGAGUAGAUGUAAUAACUUGAAUUUUUUUCCUUUAUGUCUGCAAUCUCAUAGCUAAAAUGUUUAUAUAGUAUGAAAACUUCUUGUAAUAUAGGUACACCAUGCUUCAAUUACUUUUUUUGAUAUUUUGCUUAUUGUUAAAGUUAUGUCAAUAUGUUUGUUUUGUUUCCCCAUUGUUUAAACAAAUCAAAUUCAGUUCUGCUAUCCGUUCUUUGACCCAUAUUUAGACUAAGCGAUUUAUGGAAACUAAAUGAAAUUAUCAUUAUCAAAUUACUUCGUUAAAAGCAGUAUAUUCUAAAACAAUGCUUUUCGAUAUUUGUAAGUUAAAAACAUGUCGUUUUUAUACUGUUUCCUUAUACUUGAAUUUAUUUUGUUGGGAAUGUAUUCAAUUAUAAUCGUGUCAGUAUUCCUUAGUAAUCAUUGUGAUCUAAUUACUUAGCUAAUCUUAGUUUUUAAAGUAUGUAUGUAUAAAGUAUGUAGUUGUACAAGAAAACACGGAUUAUUGAUCUGUUUUUCAAUUACUAUUUUGAUGGAAACAAUCUCAAGAAUCAAACUUUUAAUUUCCACAGUAUAUUGAAAAACAGUUUCUCGUGGUGCAAUUCCUGUUACAAUUUUUUUAAGCGAAAUAAGUAAUUUUUGGACCAAAUAGGCAGUUAUUAAGUGAUGCGAUCUCCUAUUGAGAUAAUUUUAUUUUUAGUCUUUAGAAAUAUUAUCAAAUUUUCGAAUUUUUAUUAGUAAUUCUACAAGACUUGAACGUUAAUUAAAAUAUUAGGAACUAAUUACACCUUGUAAAUAUCACUUUUUAUUGCUAGGAAAAUAAAAUUGUUACUCUUUUUACAUCUUUCAAAAUAAAUUAUAUUGUAAAUAUAUCACCACUUAGUUAUAUGUACCAGUCUUUCUAAUGAAUGUUCCCAAUAGUGUUCAAAAUUACUAUUUUUUUUUAUAUUUGUUAUUCGCAUUAAUACAUACAUCGAUUAAUGAGUGCUCCAAGCUAAAGUUAGUUUCAUUCCUCAAGAGUGAUACAACGACUUUUAAUCUUCAUAUAGAGCCGCUCCUUAUUGAUUUUCUUUUCAAUCAGUUCAGUAAUAUACAGUAAUACUCACUAAUAAUUGUUGCUACCUUUUCCAAAUAGUCAAUGACGUUUUUACUUGCUUCGGACUACUUUCUAUGGGCGCAGUCAUCUCAGAUAACUGCCGCUCUGAUUUAGGUGGUGACAUAUCUAUAGUAACAAUUAGACACAAAUUAUUUUUGAAAUUUUGCCUAAACAGUCUCAAAUAGCGUUCUGAAUUAUAGUUUCGUUGUUUGUUCUUAUUUCACUGUAAAGAAACGCAGCAACUGUUGAGAAAUAUGAUUUUUCAUGCUCAUUAAAAAUUUUUUUAACACUUUCAUAUCUGUUAUAUCUUAAAACUUUUAAUUUCACGUUGCUGUGUUCUUUCGCGAUUUCGAGGACUUUCUCUUUUUUUUUGGUGCAACCGCUUCUUUUGGAUUAACAAUUAACGUACUAGUCAAUAAUGGUUGGUUUGCCUAGAGAAGAGUCACGGUAAUACUAUCCAAAAAAAGCAUUUGCCUUAACGGUUGUUUAAAAAAACUCUAGGCUGUUUACAAACGAACAAACAAAUUCAACAGCUGUCUUUGGAAAGAUGGGACUUCAAAGGAGGAGAUGGAAAAAGUAAUUUGUGAUUAUUACUAUUUGUCAGACCGGGACUUAUUAAUCGAUUGUAUAGUACAUAUCAAUUAUGAGUCUUUUCAAUGAUAUUGUACUUACAACCCACCAUAAACUACUGUUCUGAUAUGCAUUUACUGAACUUAAACUUUCAUUAUGGCGGGCAGUUAUAACUAAUAGAGUGAUCCUUCGAAGUCACUGAAAGGAUUCAUAGAAAAAGUAUGGCAAACUUGACUAUGCCUUUUGAAUUAAUUCCCUUUCUGAUUUAAGUUUAUUCUUUUACCUAGUUUAUUUUUUUGUCGAUGUUAUCUAAUUGUAUGGAACAUUCUGUAUAAAGAAAAACAGAAAUAUUGAUGUUUAUGCUUGAAAUUUUCAUGAACCGUAACUAAUACAACCCCGGUGUUCCUUAACCAGAUACGAUCUAUGUACACUUAAACUAGGUCGGUUUCCCGAGCUCUUGAAAAACAAUAGAGGGUUUGAAUUGAUUUUUCAUCAAUUUUCAAAUGAACUAGUUCGUCACAACGCAUAGCUCCUCCAAUUCCUAAUACUAGAACAACCUUUAUCAUCAAACAUAAAUUAUGCGCUGCGCUCCGCCUCGCAACUGCAAAUAUUGCUCGUAAAAAAAUAUGCACUUUUAAUCCUUAUGAUAUAAUAUACUAUUUCACUGGUUUACCUCUCAUCUGAGAAAAUCUUUGCGACAGAAAUUGAUUGUUUAUCAGCUAUUAGAUGUUUAACCCAUUAAUACCCAGAAUUAUGAACUAUUUCUGAGAUGAUUAAAAUAAGUGUUUUUUGUUAAAAAUGAACCGAAAUAUGCCAUAAAAAAUAAACAUAAAAUUGAUUGAGUUAUAUUUUUGAAUUUUGAGAGUGGGUCGCUAGUGACGACCCCUUGGACACUUACGAAAUGAACAGAAAAAGUCUAAUAUAUUUUUUUAUUUAACAAAAAAAAAGAAAUGCGCUAUUAAAAUUUUUACACGUUAUGGAAUUCAUCAAAACACUAGUCAUGUAGUGGUUUUAUUUUUACAAAGAGAGCAUCUCCGUCUUCUUGUUCACAGACUAUUAGGUGUCGUCCUUCUGGGGUAUCUUGGGUCCAGGCAUUUUCGACUUAGUUCCUUAUUUUUGUAGAAGAUACUGCGCAAUCUAUAUCCUAAAAUGGAGAUUGUCUUUGUCGUAUUCAUAAUCGCGUGCCAAUUGAUUGACACAAUUGAUAUAUUGUUAUCCAUUUGAUCUAUACCUCCUAUGUACGUGUUGUACAUUUUGAUUGCAUGAUGUUGCUGCACAUCUACUUUCAUUUUGUCCUUCACUGAAAGUCUUCGGUAUUUUUGCAUUGGCUCUACACCAUACUACAUUAUUAUCUUUCCAUCUUAUACCUAUAAUACCAAUGUUCUUAUCUACGGCACUAUCCAUAGUUCCCCUUUUUUCUCCUUUCAUUAUUUUUGAAUUUACAUAUCAUGUCAGUAAGUUGAUGUAUUAGUUUUGCUGAAGUGAAGAAAUUAUCCAAAUAUAAUGAAAAACGCAAACCGAGGUAUUCUUUUUGUAAAACAUCAACAAAGUUUAGCACUACUGAUUCACCAAGACCUAGACUAGUUGUAUUGUAAACUUGGUUUUUUGUCCCUGAUAAAUUUCAAAUUGCAAGCAAUAACAUGGCUUAGUACUGAUAACCCAAGCUUUAUAACCAAAUCGUAUGGGUUUACCAUGUAUGAACGUUUUCCAUAAUCAGGAAUCAUUGAUUCAUCUAUUGAUAGGUUUAGCUAUAAAGGCUCAUAUAUUCCAAAAAAUUUGUUUUUAAAACAUCAAUAAUUGAUCCAAGUUUAGCCAUUUUGUCCCCUUGAUCUAAAGCGGCAUUAUCCGCCGCAUGGAAAAACCUACAUAUUUCCUCAAUUCGAUCACACCUCAUUGACUUCGGCAUCAAAGCAUUAUGCACAUCUUCACCUUCUCUCCAAAACAUUCUGCUACAUGAUAAGAGAACAUAACCACUAAACAAAAAAAUUCCAAUAAACACAUACAUAUCUCUGAUUAAGAAUUCAAAUCCGGGAAUAUUUUUUUGAGAUGCGUUCCUCGCAGUAUAUUUAAUGAGGUCCUACAUAAGUGACGGUAACACUCCAAGAAGUUUAUGGAAUCGACGAUGAAGCGUUACCUCAGUCUUAACAGGUUAAACGUGUUUACAAUUUGAUUAAUUAUUAUCGGGUAUAAUUUCUUUUGCUUCGCUAAAAAUUUUAAGCAAGUUAUAUUAUGGAUAUUUCUCUAUAUCGUCCUCGAUAUUGAACAAAAUAUGCUUUACUGUACAUAAGCUCUCCUGCUUUGAGUUGCCAGCUACUCAAAUUAUUUGGAUCAGUAUCUUGUUCGUCUCCUGAGUCUGUAUUUUCGCCAGUAUUAUAUUUAUAUAUAUGCCUUUUGGUAAUAUUUGAUCAUCACUUAUGUCCAAGAGGUCGUUAACGACUCAGUAAAAAAACAACUCGUUGUUUCCAUAACCUUUUAUAAAAUCAUAUAAAAUGUGGAUAAAUAUUCAUGAUAAUCCAAAAUAAAAAUUCGAAUAUAAACAUAUUAAGAAAAUAUUAGAAGAAAAACUACUCACCAAUUAUAAUUUGAAGACAUUGCCCUUAUCUUUAUUUUUGGUCGUAUUUAACUGCAUAUAGAAACAAGUAUGUGUCUGCAAGAGUCGCGUGGUAGUGAUGAUAAACCGACACGUGUAAUUCUAACUCAAAAAAUAAACUUGUAGUAAUAACCAGAUUUAUUUUUAUCUCUUGAGUUGUUAACGACCCCUUGAGCAUUAACGGGUUAAUAAAGACGAGGUAACUUGUUCUUCACAUUUCAAAGUACAAGAUUUAUUCACAGCUUUUUUAAAAUUGAUUUUGAGAGACGUUUUGGAGCAUGAUGUUUGAUUCCUCGUUUAAUUAAAUUGAACACCGCUUUUUAACUGAAGACUGUCCUGUAUUACAAGCCACCUGAUUUGAAUUUGACAGAAAAAUAUUUUGUAGUUUAUGAAAAUUAUUAACAUGGAAAAGGUGAAUUUAUAUAAUAAUUAAAUCUGAAGAGCUUGGGAAACCGAUUGGAUUUUUACUCUAGUUUAAGUGGACACGUAGAUUGAAGACGUUCAAGUAAUUUUCAUUUAAGUCUGGUUAAAGAACAUCGUGCAAAAUUACAAAAAAUUAUACAUUAUAUUUUUGAAAUAUUUUUUUUGCAUCGUACAUGAAGUAUCUUCAAUGAAAUGUUUUCUGUUUUUCUUUUAGGUGAAAUGACUGGUUUCUGUUGUGAUUAAUCAUCACAUUACUUCAUUUUCAUGAAUGCAUUUUAGAAAAUCACUGCUCAAUAUGUAUAUUUUUUUAUUGAAUAUUGGCUAUUUAGAGAGAUGCGUUUCUAAAGUCGAGGUUUUUACAUAAUUUUAUGUUAAAUGAACACAAGAAAGUAUUGCUAUAUUAGUACUUUGUUAAUUUAACAGAAUUGAAAAUUCCUAAUCAUAGUACUGUGCCACUCUCCCAAGCAUAAUUAGGGUCUAUGACAUAAUUAAUUUAAUGGAGUAAAUUCCGUGUAUUACGAGUUUAUUCAAGAAAACUGACAUUCUUUCUUUUUAUUAGACAUUUAACAAGUUUUUCAAUUUUUUGUUUUUAACAAGAGAAUACUGAACACACUGUUUACAAUACCAUUCAACUAAUGCUCACAAUUACACAAUCUGAUAUGAGCGUUUCCAUAACCAAGUUAUCGUCUUCAGAGACUGAAGGUAAACUGAGUGUUGGUCUAAACAGUGUAUUCAGUAUAAAUAUCACCAACGGUUCCCAAAAUUCAAACUCAAUUUAACAAGAUAAAACAACUUGACUACACUAGUGCUCUUAAGACUGACCCCGCAUAUGCAUAGUUCCAGACCCAUACAUUCCUAUCUCAUUUCCUUAUUUUCGAAUUGUCUCUUUACCAUUAAAUUGUAUUCUUUCCUUGUCCAAUAAUGGUUUGUUCAUUCCACUCUUUCAUAUUAAUGUAUUGCUUAUUGAAUUCUUUCAUGGAGUAACAUUUUUUGCUCAUUAUUUCUCUGGAAUACUUUUCACCACUAAAUGUAAUGUAAUUCAGAACCACGUCCAUAGCUUGGUAUAGAGCAUGUUUUCAUUGCUUCUGCUACACAUAUAUAGGUCUUUGAAUACUGAAGGAGCUCUCAUUUGUCUGUAAAUUGUUUCUAUUACUCUAAGCAAUAACAUGAUGAUAUAUUCGUGGAUUGCACUACUAAUUUUUAUCUCCAAGGUUUCUAUACACCAUUAGAAUCAUUUUUGUUUUAUGUUUAAGUUAUUAUUUUUCUCAAUCGCUAGACACGAAAAUGAAAAGAAAUUGUCAUAAUUUUUAAAAUUGUUAACUUAAUGAAAUUCAGUUUCUGUAUUUUUAAUUUUUAAUUAAGUCACCUCGAUAAGGUAGCUUCAAAUGAAUAAUGAUCAAUAAAAACUUUUUAAUCAACCAUUAUAUUUCUUAAUUGUUGUUUAGGUUAUAGGUAUAUAGUUUUUGGGUAAAAUGUCGUUUUUUAGUUACAUUUUACUAUUCCAUAAUUAUUUUUGGAAAAUAUUUUUUUUGUGCUCUUUGUUCUUAGUUCUAAAUUAGCCACGAAGAAUAUUUUUGUAUCCCAAAAUUUUAGAAUAUUCCAUGCUAUAUAGCCAGUUUUUAACAGUUGACAGUUGUCAUUUUUUGACGUGGAAGAGACAAAUAUUGAUUUUUGACAAAAGUAUAGAUCCGGCAAAACAUUCGUAUUAUGAUAUAAAAUUUUAUUUGCAAAUGGCUUGGUGCUAUGGUCAGGAGUUGUUUAGUGAUAUAAUGUGUUUAAUUUAAUUUUUCUUCAAGGCAGCUUUUUUCAUUACUCAUUUAAAAAAAUCAUUCAAGGAUAACCGUCUGCUCAUUUUCACAUUUUGAAUGGCAUCAUGUGGACCAACUCGUACCCAUUGGAAAAUAUCAACAGAAAAAUGUUGUAAUUUAUAAUUAAAUUUCUAGGUUUUUGUUUAUGCUAUAUAUAUAUAUAUAUAUAUAGGUUGUUUGCGAAAAUGUUUCCAGUGUAGUUUUCCAUACCAUUCCUAUUUACAAAAAUAUUUUGAAAAUUCUAAAACUGUGAAACAAACGGUUUUUUUGGUAAUUGUUCCUUAAUUUCUGUUUGGUGAUUUUUCAAUUCUUUUUUUUUUUCAAAGUGUAUAUCUCUUGAUAUAAAAAAAUGCCAUGUACAAAUAUUCAUUUUUUUACAUUUUUUAAUAGAACAUUUCAACUUAUAAUAGUCAUUCGAGAAUAACCGUCCACACAUUUUGAAUUGCAACACUUGGACCAACCCGCUCCCAUCAACAGAAAACUGUGUUAUAAUUAAUAAUUAAAUUUCUAGGUUGUUGUUUCUGCUAUAUAUAUAUAUAUAUAUAUAUAUAUAUAUAUAUAUAUAUAUAUAUAUAAUAAAAAUAUUUUGAAAAUUCUGAGAAACUGUGAAACAAACGAUUUUUUUCAGUUGUUUCUUAAUUCCUUAAAAUAAAAAAAAAAACGUCAAGUGUAAAUAUUCAUUUGUCUACAUUUUUUAAUAAAAUAUUUCCACUGGAAGUAUGAGCCUUUUCUUAGGUAGAAUCUAUGAUCCAUAUAUUAUUUUUUUGUGUUCAUUUCUAUUUAUCUAUGAAGGCAGCUUUUUUAUUUAACACUUAUUUGUAAAAAUCUUGAAAAAUGGAACAUCUAUGCUUAAAUUGUUAGAUUUAUACAAGCACGUUUGUAAAUUUGAGGCGUGCUAUUCUAAUUUUUGUUACAUAAUUUGGAAAGUAUGUAGUAAUUGGAUUGAGUUUUAUUUAAUUUGACGUUUUGUUAAAUACGGUGCCAAAAUAAAAUGUUUAUGUUCUAGAUAUAAUUCUGUCCAAUACUAAAAUCGAAUGAAUUAUUAUAAUUUUAUAAUUUACACAUACCCACUAUUUAGAAAAUUGCAUCAUAUGCCAGUUAUAUCAGACAUCAAAAUCGCUAGUUCUAAUUUUUUAAUAAUUAUUAUGUUAUGAUCAGUUUCUUUAGUUCAUUUUCGACAUUUUCAUUUGCUAAUUGAUACUCAUCAUGACUGUUAGUGAUGCCUUUCUGACUAAAACUCAUUUUUGACAAGUUGGAUUAGCAUGAAUCAUUCCUCUGAUCUGAUUGUAAUUCAGAUGGACACUGUUUAAUACUUUGACUAUUGAAUCUUGGCUUUUUUGAGCAAGUAACAUUAUUGCAAUCUUCCAAUUAGGGUUUAGCACGUUUAACCAGUUUCCACCAAGUAAACACUAAAAUUAUGCUUGAUUUCUAAAAUUACUAAAAGAAAAUUAAUAAAUUUAUCAUUAAUUGUUACACACACAUCAGUUUCACCAAUAAUUUUCACCUCUUCACCUCUGAGAACUCUUAAAUUAUACCUAGCAUCAUAUAAGUUCAAUUUUUCGAAAUUUUUACUUUGCAUAACCUAACCUAACCACUGUCUAAUUCAAAGUCCAAGAGCUUAUUUUCAAUUUCCAGACUACAGGUUUUUCCAUUAAAUUGUCAGCAAUAGCAGAUAAAAAAUCCAAAAAAAGGUCAUCCCCUUCAGUCUCACUCGAAUUCUCGCAUCUUGUCAGUGUUAAGAUUUACUUUCUUACAAAUUCGACAUGUAUGGCCUUUUGAUUUGCAUUUAAAACAUUCCCAUACUUUUGUCGGACAAUUAUCUGGGUUGUGCCCUACAUCUAUGACACCAUUUCGUACCUUUAUCACUGUUCUGAGUUAAACUUUUGGCCUUUAUGAAUGCCAACUUGUCCAUAUUUUCUGUAGCAGUAAUAAUAUCGGACUCACACAUGGACUUGACUUGUUCUUCUACUAACUCCAUUGCUAAAGCUUGAGAUUCUGCUUUGUCGAACGUUAGCCGAUCCAUUGAUAGCUUUUUGUAUUGCUUGCGACCGUAGACCACACACUAAUUUAUACCUAUAAGCUUUCUUCAAAAAUUAGCCAAAACUACAAUAAAGUAACAGACUUUUAAUUUUUUUUUAAACCUUUUAUGUCUUUACCUGGUUCUUGGACAGCCAGCCAGAAUUUGUACCGUUCUGCGACUUGUAAACGCUUAGAGCUGCAAUAUUAAAUUAACUCAUGCUUCAGAUCGUCAUAAGUUUUACUGAAGACAAAUCAGGUGUUAAAAUGUCCGUUAGAGUACCGUAUGUCGGUAAAAAAAUUAACUAAAUUUCAUUUUUUUUCCAGCGUAUAAUAAUAUCUAUUUUAUUUUCUGUAACACAGAUCAUAGAAAUAAUCUAUUCUUUUACUAGUAAAAUAAUGAAUGCUCAUUAUGGUACUUGUAACAAAAUAAAAAGAAACGAUAACAAUGUCUUACUAUGGGCGUUGUAACCAAAUAGGCAGGAACUGUCAUUUAAUUUUUAUUUAAUUUGAGGUUUGUCAUAAUGUACUAUUGUAUUAUAUAAAAUUAUUAUUAUGUUUGUAGGGCUAUAUUUCAAAUUGUAGAGACUUUAGUCUAUUUUGAAAACGUAAAAAUAUUUGUAAAAAACGAAUAGUUUAGAAUGUACUCGUAUAUUGAAAACAAAAAAAAUAACGUUCUUUCGAUAUUGCCAAAUUAAUAUAGAAAAAUGUGUCAAAAGUUAAAAACAAUUUGUUAAUUUUCCGAAAAAUCUAAAAACUCACCACUCAUUUACGCACUCGUAAAUUUCCAACUAAGCUUCUACCAGCAACUCUCCCGAUUCCUCUAUAAUUUAUGCAUUUCCUAACUUUUCAAUGAUCAAAUUUCAAUAUUUUCAUUUCUAUUUUCAAUUAAAUAUGUUCAAUUUAUUUUAAAACGAAAUUAAAAAGACAAACACACAAAAGCACUAGAAAAAAAUCGUAUGCAUCCAAACAAGUUUCAAUCGAAAUUAUCAUAAACAAAUAGAUUUUAUCAAGCAGAAUUUAACUGAAUCUAUUGAACCAUAUAUGGAUUUCUACAGCGUUUUUUCUAGGUUUACAAUUCUCUUGAUUUUAAUAUAUUUUACGUCAUAAUAAUAUAAUACUGAACACACCGUUUACACUACCACCACACCAAUCCUCACAAUUACACUGUCUGACGCACGUUUCGAUAACCAAGUUAUCGUCUUCAGAGACAGAAGGUAAACUGGUUAUUGAAACGCGCGUCAAAUAGUGUAAUUAUCACUGUUUGUGCAGUGUGAGCAGUAUGUUCAAUACAAAUAUCACUAACGGUUCCAAAAAUUCCAGCUUAAUGUUAAUAAUGUUCAACAAUUUCAAAAAAGCAGAACUAGCCUUUUUUUUGUAGUUUUAGCGAUUUCUAGUGUUAGAUAAUAUAUGAUUGGCCUAGUUUUCAUUGUUUUAAAAGUUCCUCACAAGAAUUAUGUCUUGCACCAUUUUUAUAUUUUUUUUUUAUUUUUUGUAACGUUUCAUGUGAAUAAGACUCUAUUUUCUUUAUAAAAAUAAUUUCUCAAAGCAAUUGUAAUAAGGAUAGUAGCAGUUUCAAAAUUAUACACUGAAAGCACCUUUAUGUAAAUGGUAUUUGUAUCACAUUGUAAUCACCACCAAAUAACAAUUAUUUUCUAAACUUAAAUUUUUCUGUAGGUGUUGGCCAAGUAUAUAAACAAUUAAUUUAAUAUUUAAUUAGUGUAUUUUAAAAAAACUAGAGCAGGUUUGUUAAGCUGAGGGCAUAAUUUCAGGACCUUAUCAACCCAUAGGACAAACACAUAAAAAUUAAAUUAAUUAAAAAUAUAAGAAAAUUAAUUAAAUUCUCUUUAGCAUUUUAUUGGUGCUUUGUUCAAAUAAAAAUACUUUAAAUUGGUUAAGAUAUAAUGAAAUUGUAUUUGAAACUAAAUCUGUAAAUGUUUCUUUCGAAUGGAUUUAAAGCAAAAGUUUUGUUGGGGAAUUAUAAUUAAAUAUCAUUCUUGUACAGACUAUUGAAGACGUAACAUUUGGGCAAAUUCCAACUAAUUUACUCAAAUGGAAAACGUAUCGUUCGAAAGUAUUUUACACUAUGGUAAAAAUAUCUUUUCCCAUAGUGGUCCCUUGUAGCGAGCAAAUCCAUCAUUCACACUUAUAAAAAGUACUCUCUGAGCUGAAAAGAUAAAUCUGUACACUCAUCCAAAGCCAUCGAAAAUGCUGGAAAAUUCGCCAUUCUGUAUGCCAAUUAUUUUAACAAUAAUAAAGUUGUUAAAUUAACAAAUCACUAUUCACGUUUAUUGAAAAAUUUUGAAGCUUAUAAUCACCAAAUUAUUUUUGACUAUGUAAGUAGUUGAGAUUUUAAAUACUGUAUAUUCCUCAACUACACAAGUCAAGUAAAAUAAGUUUCAACUUACCACACUUCACUGUGUUUAUGACUGCUAAAUUCAUAUCAUUUCCAUUUGCUAUUAGCGCCAUUUUGGUGAGUCUUCGAACAAUAAUUUGCAGUUUACAGUUGGACACUUUUUAUCUUUCCUCCAUUUCAAAACAGUUCUCCUAACCUCUACACUCCAUACACAAAGGCAACUCGAAUUUUUGUCCUUUAUCCUUUAUGAGUUGAAGAAUAGUUUUAGAUUGGCUUACAGUAAAACUAUGUGUACUAAAUUUUGAUUUUUUUGCUUCAAAUUUGAUUUUCUUAAUCUCUUAGUGUCCUGAAGCAUACGAAGUAUCCUAAGACAAAACCGUUAACAAAAUCUAAGUAUAUUAUCCGAAUCUUGACCAUUUCCAUUCGCAUAUUCUCGUGCGAAUCUUAACCUGGCUGCACGGUGUUCCCUGGCCAGUUCAGGAGCAGUAUCAGCUACUCUGGUUCUAAUUCCAACAUUUCUUACGGAUUAUCUAGUUACUCUUACAUUUAGAAUAUCAGCUAACUCUUGUUGAAGCAUGCAUUAUCACAAAGUCAUUGCCUAUAAAAUCAGUUUUAGAAACAUGUGACUAUAAAAUCUCUGUAAUGUACCUGUGAGCAGUUAAGGAUCCUAUAUCUAAUGAUACCAAUUUUGUGUGAUAAUUUUAAGAUAUUCCACUCCACAACGUGAUAAACCCUCCUCCUAAAUCUUUCUAUCACAUCCUUCUAUCUCUAGAUAUCUCACAACUAUCCAGGACACAGUUGACUCUCCAAUAUAUUAGCAAACGUACCUCUGUCUCCAAUAAGACCAAUUAUUUGUUCCCUUGUUAAAUUUAAACUACUGUGUACUCUUUAGAAUGCCGAAAAAAAAUUUAUACGAAACCAAAUCCAAUAACCAUUUUUUUUUAAUUUUUUCUGAAAAUAAACCAGUCGAUAUUUUUCUGGCCUCGUUUUUUGUAUUUUUGUUAGUUUCUAGUAGUGUACCAAUAAUAAAAUUUCACUAACAUUGAUUUUGUAAGCAAUGUUGCCAUUAUUAUGGGUGAUAUGAUACUUUUUUGACAGAGUACAAAAUAUAUUUGUACUUCCGUGCGUUUUUCAGUAGGUCGUUUAAAUAUUUCAUUAUAUUCAACACAAAACUUGAUUUCAAAACGUUGCUUCAAAUUCCCAUGCUCUAUUUUUGUAACAUUACUCCUAUUGAGACUCGAAUUGAGAAAGUGGGUAUGAAUAGUCAGGUUUACAGACUGCAGACCUUUUAGUACAAGCAGUGUUGCCAGUCUCGUGACUAUUCUGACAGACUUGGUAACUUUAUUUUAUUUAUAUUAAAUGACAUGUUUGAUUUAUCUACUAAAUAUUUAAACUCAAUUAAUGUUUAUAAUAAAAUUAUUUUCAAAUUAAAGUAUAGAAUUGAAAAUAAUUUAAAAAGUUUUAUAGUUAAGAACAAUAAAGAUUUUGUUAUAAAUUAUACUCCAAAAAAUUCUAAUACAUAUUUGAAACAUUUUCAUAAUUAUUCCUUUUUUUGUACAAUACAAAGCAUAUAAAUUUGGUGCCAUGACUAGAUGAUCAAAUAAAUGAUGAUACAAAUACUUCUACCAUUAUUUAAGUAUUUGAGAUUGCGUUUGACAUGAUUAUCAACAACGUUAAUACAUAUUCGUUUAAAGUGAUACUUUAGUAAAUAUGAGUCACUUAAAAAUAGUUGAAACCAUGAUAGUCACCUAUCAAUAUAUGUCUCAAUUAAUAAGUAGACUUGUAGUACGAUUGUGAACAUCUUUAGUUUAUAAUCAAUCUGACCAUAUUAGAAAAAUGACGAAUAGCGAACUGCAACCAACCAUUUAUAAUUUUACGCUUCAUUUUAAGAUGGUCUAGAACCUAUCGGUGUCGAAGAAUUUGCAAUCUGUCCGGUUUUAUCGCAGAAACAUUUCAUCUCAUAGACCGGAAACAAUUGGACCGAAGUUUGUCCGCGAUUUUCUAAUUCCUGCCUUUUGGAGUAUUGAAGGAGUAUAAGGAAGUACUUACAAAUUGUGGAAACUCCUUGGGUUCCCAUUAAUAUUUUCAUGGCCAAAAAUAGGUUAUAGAACGAUAGUUUAUCAUCAAUUUUAUUAACUGAAUUUUUUUGGCAAAGGUUCUAAGGGCUAAAAUUUUAUAUAUAAAUGCAAGGAAAAUCAUUGAUUUCCUGCCAACUAAACAAAUCAAACAUAUUUGGCACAAAAUGAUCUGAAAAAAUGUUGGCAGCAUAAGGGUGUAAGUGUACCUGGGUCUUAGAAAAUUUUUACCAUGAGUCCGUUAUUUUACAAUCUAUAAAAGGCAGGAAUUUUGAAUUAAACUGGUUUAGUUGGUAAGAAUUAGAAAAUUAUUAUUCUUGCGUUUUCAUAUAUUAUAUACUUUUGGUUCUUAAGCUCUUGCCAGAAAAAUUUUUUAAAAUAAAAUCGAUAAUAAACUAUCUAGGAAUAUGGCAGGAAUCAGAAAAUCGCGAAACGAUCCAUUUUUUUGCAAGAAACUUUGAUUUUUCUAGAAAAAUAUCAAUGGAAACUCAAGAAUUUUUCUCGAACAAUCACUGGUCCAUUAGCCAUGAAACUUACAGAUCACCAGAUUCAAAUGACACACGACAAUAUUAUUUGUUCAGAACCAAAUUCUAUAGAACAGAAAAUCAUCAACUUUCAUGUGAUUUAAACAUAAACAUACGCGCAGUUAGUAACAUAUGCAGGUGACAUAGUACUAAUGGUAAGAAAUAAAAAAGUUUUAGAAGGAACACUCGAUAUAGUAGAAUAAGAACAAGAAGAAAAAUAAAUUGAACCAUCAUAAAAAUAGGAAAAGUGGUUUCGAAAAAGUGAAGAGCUCAAAACGUAUGUAAAAUAGAUGGUUCUGAUGCCAGAUAGAUUAUAAAGUAAAGGGUUGGUAGCAGUUUACAAUGUAUGAUAUUCCGAGAUUUUUUAUAAACUAAUAUUAUUCCCAAUCACGAUAUAAACGAUAAAAAGAAAAAUAAUAUGUAAUUAGGAAACGAUGGUCAGUCAAAUGCGACAAUACCUCCAUAAACGAAUUAAAUAAAUGAUCAAACGCAUUCUUUUUAUUAUAAUUUUACAUUAGGAGAGAAAAUAUUUAAUCUUAAUUUAAUUGGAAAUGGGAUAACUACAGGUGAGUAGAACUGAUGAACUAUUCAAUAAAAAUAUUUUCUUUCCUCGUUAUUUAUUAAGCAACCUGUAGCAAAUGUACUGAUUCUUCUAAGGAUUCCACUGCCUUUAUUUUAUUUUUAAUGUAUAAUAACAUGAAACUGUUUGUAAAAUAAAUCUGUGAUUCUAUUAA